AUGGGGAAGCUGCAGGUGUGCAUUUGCGGUGCCCGUAACCUGCACGACAACCAACUCAUCAGCCUGCCUGACCCCUACUGCCGGGUGCGUCUCGGGGACCGCCGCUUCAAGACGAAGGUCGUCAAGGACUCCCUCAACCCCGUCUGGGACGAGACAUUUCGCUUUCAGGUGGCCGAUGAGGCGACGGCGCAGUUGUGUCUGGAGCUGUGGAACAAAAACAUCAUCAGUGACGACCUCAUGGGGACGUACAGCCUGUCGUUGAACAACAUGACGCGGGGCGUGGUGCACGACGAGUGGUACAUGCUGAGCAACUGCAAGACAAACGCGGAGUUGCACCUGCGCGUCUUGGCGUGCGACUUUGGCAGCAACCCACAGCCCAGUGACGCGUGGAAGGUCACCGCGGACAUCGCCGACGACCCGGCGCUUGGCGCCGGCAAGAAGCCGCCGCCCCCGGCCGCCCCUGCGACUGUGGCCAGCAACGUGAACAACGCGCCGAUGGACCCGAACGUCGGCCCUGCUGUCGUUCCCGCCGUAGUUUUAGCGCAGUCGCAGCCCUCCUCGCCGGCACUUGGAUAUCCUCAACCACAGCCCGUGUAUUACCCUCCAGCCCCGCCAGCCCCGCCUAGCUGCUACCCACAGCAGCCAGCGUACUGUCCGCCGCCGCCGCCGCAGCCAAUGUACCCGCCGCAGCCAAUGUACCCGCCGCAGCCAAUGUACCCGCCGCAGCCAACGUACCCGCCGCAGCCAAUGUACCCGCCGCAGCCAACGUACCCGCCGCAGCCAAUGUACCCGCCACAGCCGCAACCCCAGUACUCGAUGAACCCAAAGGAUCCAAACUUCCGUUACUGA